AUGACCGUAUUGCUUGCGCAUAAACAAGAAUUUUUUCGUUUAAUCGCAUAUACGCAACGAAGAUUUUGGCACGAGAAUUACGACGAGUACGAGAAAAAGAUUUAUACGAAUUGCAAACGUAAAUGUACCGUCUUUGUUUGUUUCGUUAUAUUCACCACCAAAGCGACCCUUAUUUGUUACGCCCUUAGUCCAAUUCUUGAAAAUAUUGGAAGGAACGAGUCGGAGAGGGAGCUUCCAUUUAAUAUGUGGGUUGAUCUACCACUGACAAUGUCCCCAUACUAUGAAAUAACUGUCAUGGUACAGCUCGUGACAUUGUACUAUAUUGGAGUCGGCUAUUUCUGCUUCGACAAUCUAUUAUGCGUAAUGAAUCUACACUUGGCUACUCAAUUUCAAAUACUGCAAUAUAAAAUGACCCGCGUAACCGAUUUAACGAAUAAAAAGAAGGGAGAAACAAAUCCACAAUCGUUCUCAGGAUCGUCGGCAAAUAAAUAUUACACCGUCUUUAAGAAGUAUAUUCAACAACAUCAAGCUCUCAUAGCUUAUUGUCGCAAACUGGAAUCGGUAUUUAAUUUGCCUGUUUUGGCGCAAGUGCUGGCGUUCAGCUUGGUAAUGUGUCUCGAUGGAUACCAGAUACUUAUGCCAGGGGCACCUAGCAGAACACGUUUCAUCUUCAGCUUCCAAUUAAUAGCCUGUCUAUGCCAACUACUGAUGUUCACCUACAGCUGUGACUGCAUCAUGCAAGAAAGCGCGAGCAUAGCUUUGGCGGUGUAUAAAGGACCUUGGUUAUUUUUGCCUGCAACCGAAAGCGGUAUGAUGAUGCGAAAAGACAUGAUACUCGUUACUAUAAGAUCUGGCGUACCUUGUUGCAUAACAGCCUAUGGAUUCUUCGUCGUGUCUCUAGAAACAUACACUCGGGUUUUAAGUACUGCGGUAUCAUAUUUCACACUGUUAAGACAAACUACACAGGAGACCCUCUAUUCGUCGCAGAGAUUUCGCGCUGAUCUACGCCGUUGGAGCGCUUUCCAUUGGGGAAAUUUUAGCAAUCAGGAUCGAGAAGAAAGGAUCGUCAUGCAUACCGAACGAUACACGGACAUAUCCAUUAAAAUAUCACGGCUGCUGCUGAAAAUCGCGGGUAUUUGGAAAUCGGCGAACAAAACCGAAGAUAGGCAAAGAAAAUUCGGGGUAUUCUAUACCAUGAUUACAAGCGCUUAUAGCAUGUACGUGAACGUCGCGGAUAUUUUUCACAAUUUGAACGAUUUGGACCGUUGCAUCUUCCUGGCAGCCAACGUAUUGAACACGAUAUUGGCGAUAUUUAAAAUUUCGAUAAUAAACUUUUAUAAAACGGAAUUCUCUUAUAUAAUCGUAUAUGCUCAAAAGCAUUUUUGGCACUCGAAUUAUGAUCUCGACGAGAAGAUACUUUUCGCUGAAUGCAAGAAAGUUUGCAAACUGUGGUCGCUAUUUGUAAUCCUUGUUAUACAAAUUAUUGUCUCCUUCUAUGCAGUUGCGCCGAUCAGCGCGAACAUUAGAAGCAAUGGCUCGGAGAGGACGCUUCCGGUGACAAUGUGGGUCGAUCUGCCGAUAUACGUGACACCGUAUUACGAAAUAAUGUUCGUCAUUCAGCUAGCGUCUGUGCAACAAAUCUGUGUAGCCUAUAUGGCCUGCGACAACUUCUUAUGCGUACUGAAUAUGCACGUGAUCUGCCAAUUCCGCAUGCUCCAUAACAGGCUCUUCAAUCUAUGGAAGAUCAUCGACCAGCAAACGGAUAAGAUCGAUUACGCCGACAAGUGCUACGCAGCGUUGAAACAAUGCAUUCGGCAGCAUCAGUCGUUGAUCAAAUUCUGCGAAAGGCUCGAGUAUGUUUAUAGGUUACCGAUCUUCUGCCAUAUAGUCGUCUUUAGCUUGCUGAUGUGUUUCGACACGUACGAGAUACUUUUGGCAGAUGUAUCCGCUGGUACGCGACUGAUCUUCGUGUUUCACAUUAUCGGUAGCUUUAUCCAUAUCAUUUUCUUCACCUACACUUGCCACGGCUUGACAGAGGAAAGUUCGAAUAUCAGCUUGGCAACGUACUCAGGCUGGUGGACGACUUUGCCAAUGACGAAAACUGGCAGAAUGUUACGAAAAGACAUGAAGAUGAUGAUAAUGAAAUCAACGCGACCAUGCUAUCUGACCGCCGGUGGAUUCUUUCCUGUAUCUUUGGAAACAUCUACCGCGCUGAUGAGUACCACGAUGUCAUACUUUACGCUCAUGAGGGAAUCGUCUUUGAAAAUGAAGAAUGAAUAA